GAGUCAUGUGAACAAAGACUUGCAAAUGCAACAGAGUACCUCGUGUACCCUUAUCGUUUGUUUACAGACCACGUCUCGUUACCAGACACGGCUGGCGCGCCAAGCGGCACGACAUGUGUGCAUUUUUUGCCCGCCCAAGGAGGCCGCGGGCGCGAGGUUAUACACCCAUUAUUACGUCCUUCCUACUUUCAAUUAUUAUUAUCGGGCGGCGGCGCCGCACCCGCGACGGGGAGGAGGAGAGAGGCGCAGCUGCUGCCUACCAAUAAUCGAGACCUGUCCUCGAUAGAAAGGGACAGAGAUAAGGACCGACAAGCACAAAAUAAUACUUAUACUUGAUUUUAAUGCCCAGAGAAACUUUUCAGGUAUCAAAUUGUAAGUAAAUAUAAUUAUUGGUGAGUUUCGGCAACUUUCAUACCCUCAAGAAGAACCGUCAUCACUGAAAAACAUUUAAAACUGAAAUAAAUCCGACCGCGAUAGGAGGCGGAUCUCCGAAGUUUGCCGAGCGGUUUCGCCUAUGCUCGUCAGUACGCUCGCCGCAUUUUGGCGGCCGGUCGUGAGGAUGGUGCGUUCCGUUCGCGAACAAAGAAAAAUAUUAUUUUGCAAGUGUCAAGUGGAUAAUGUCGUCUGAGCCUACUAAAGCGGAGGUGGAAUACAUAAACGAGGAUAAAACAGGCAAGGAGGGAAGCGGCCCACAGUCGCCCCUAGCGCUGCUGGCAGCCACGUGCAGCCGUCUCGGCGCCAACAUGGGGCCGGAACAGGAACAGAAGGAGCAACAACAUUUCAGCCCACAACAACAAACGCAACAGCAACAAGCCCAACAGCAGGCUCAACAGGCGCAGCAGCAAGCCCAACAACAGGCACAACAGGCGCAACAGCAAGCCCAACAACAGGCUCAACAGGCCCAACAGCAAGCGCAGCAACAAGCGCAGCAGCAACAGCAGCAGUUGAUACAGCAACAGGUGCAGAGCGAAGCUGCCACUCUUGCUGCAAUCCAGCAGCAAUACCUGCAGCAGCAGCAGCAGCCGCAGCUGCGAGUCAUCAGCUCCGCCGUAGUGCAGCAGCUUCGUGCUCAGGGGCUCUCUGGAAAUGAAUUAUCGGCGGCCAUCGCGAACGCGGCGAAUGCCGUCCCCAAUGGCAUUCAAGUUCAACAACCUCAGGUUAUAUCAAUGCAGCAGCUGCAGUCGUUACUGGGUGGCGGCGUGGUAUCGAGCGGCGAGGGCGCCACCUACCAGAACACUCCGCAGCAGUUGCUGCAGAUACAUCCACAGCUAUUACAGCAACAAGGCGGCGUGUACGGCGGCUGCUUAGUAGGCGGAGGGGUACAACCCAUGCAGGCAGUCACCGUCGACGGCCAAGAUGCGCUCUUCAUACCCGCGCAGCACUCGCAGAACUUCUCCGGCAUGGGCCAGGUGAGCCUCGUGAACGGGCAGCUCGUGAGGACGCCGGUGCUGCCCGCCGGCUUCCUACAGAACGUCAUGCACCUGCCCACUGAGCAACAGGCCACCGUGACGAUACCGGGCACUAACAUAUCGAUACCGUUAUCCGCGCUCGGCAACCAAAUGAUAUCGAUACCCGGCGCCAACCUAGUGCAGGGCAUAUCGAUACCGACUAGUCAGGUGCCGACCAGCCAGGCCAUAUCGAUACCGUGUAGCGCGCCAGACAAGAAGGAGAAGGAGGGCAGUCCGCAGCAGCAAGGUGGCGGGGUGGCGGUCCGCGGCGGCGUGGGCGGCGUGGGCAUGGGCAUGGUGCCGGUGCAGGUGCCGGUGAGCGUGGCCAACGGGCACACCGUGUACCAGACCGUGCACCUGCCCGUGCACGCGCCGCAGCAUCUCCAGAUCAUCCCGCAGCUGCAACAAAUGCAAGCGCAGCCGCAAGUAGCGAACGUGCUCACGCCAUCGGGACAGAUUCAGCAGAUUCAAAUCGCGUCGCUGGCCAAUGUUCAGCAGCAAAACGGAGCAACACAAGCCACCGCGAGUGCCGGGCAAACGCCAGGAACCAUAACGCUACAGGUGCCAACGCUGGGCGUGGGCGGCAUCGGCGGAGCAGUGCAGCUAGUCCCAGCGCUGGGCUUGCCCGGCGUGCAAAUCGCACAGCUACCCCAGGCUCAGCCUCAACCGCAGCCUGUCAUUGGCCAGCAAAUCCAACAAGACCCCAACGAGCCGGGCAAGUGGCAGAUCGUCACCGUUGGCAACAAUAGCAACAACAGUAACAACAGCAACAGCGGCAACACUUCGGGUACCGAGUGUGAGAACGGGAAGCAGAGAGCGGCCAGUCCCAGUGGCAAGAGGAUGAUGAAGCGGGUCGCCUGUACAUGUCCCAACUGUGACCAGGGAGAGAACCGGCUAGUAGACCGCAAGAAGCAACACGUAUGCCACAUAGCGGGCUGCAACAAGGUGUACGGCAAGACUUCACAUCUACGCGCUCACCUCCGCUGGCACACUGGCGAGCGGCCCUUCCUCUGCAAUUGGCUCUUCUGUGGAAAGAGGUUCACACGGUCAGACGAACUACAACGGCACAGACGGACGCACACCGGCGAGAAACGCUUCGAGUGCCCUGAGUGCAGCAAGCGGUUCAUGCGCUCGGACCACCUGGCCAAGCAUGUCCGCAUACACACCAAGAAUCGCAUCACGGAGGUAGCCACCUCAACGCAAUCCAUGUACUCUGACUCCGGCGACGACAGUUGCGACGAGAAGAUGAUGCUCACCAUAGAGACCAUCCAUCCCGAGGGUGAAGAUGAUAAGCAGCUGGUCAUGAUCCGGCCUGCGGGCAAGAUAGAACCCGACCAUGACAGCUAGGACGAGCAGAGCGACGGGUAGGCGUCGCUGAGUGAAUAGGAUAGUAAGAUAGAACAAGAUGGUCAGUUUUGGAGGCUGGUACCUUCAUGUGUCAGCCUGAUAUGAUGGUGGUUUGUAGAACCGUAGUGAACUGGAGCGUGACCAUCCAAUUCUAAUGGAAUAAGAAAGGUGUCAUCAAACGGUUCUGAAGGCAUAGUGCCUUUCAUGGGAUCGGCAGAUAGGAAGUGUUAUUAGAACCGGGAUAGGAGUGUAAGUGAACUUUAUAAUAGGAGCACACUGUUGGGUUUGUUGGCGCCGUUCCGGUUUAGGGUAUAAGGUGUCAGAUGGGCAUCGUUCCUAUAGGGCGAACUAUGUUGUAGCUAAGUCCAAAGGAGGGCAGUAAACUAUAUUUGUUCUGAUUGUAAAAACAAGUGUGAAAUUAAUAUCGUAUCCAUCCUGCCAGCGGCCCGUUUCUCAAAAGCUUGUAACUUGUAAUACAAGUGGAAAUCUCUAACAAAAGCUGUCAAAAAGUGACAUCCAGUUACAAGCUUUUGAGAAAGGGGCCCCUGCAAGAUUUGUGAUUAUUGAACGUAUAUGUCACAAGUCUUGCCAAAUUUUACUCCGUUUUAAUGUUUCUAUUUGUGUCGCUGGUGCCCCUUCUGUUAUAAUAAGUAAUACGGUCAGUAUCUAAAUAGGGUUUUAACAUACUGUGAAUCAAGGAAUGUUUUAUAAGCAAUAAUGAGAGUAUAAAAGCGUCUUUGAGAAAAAGGCGAUGAAUAAACGUGGUCGCAAUUUAUUUAAGAAAAUUGCUAACACCUUAAAACUGAUCAUCAGUGGAUUUUAUUUGCAAUAUCCUCGUAAGCCCAAGGUCCUGCUCACAUACUAAUUAAUUUAAUGUAAUUUAAACCAUUUUCUAUUGGAACAAAGUUGCAAAUUCAACCGUAUCUCCUUCACAAUUGAUUUCAAAUUCAAAUGGCAUUAUUUCUUGUACGGUGGGCCUUGGAAGGAUAAGGUUUAUGAAUUAUCCGUUAACAGUGUUGAAGAUCAAUUUGUAAUGUGUUGGCCUAAGUGCAUAUUGUCAUUUACUUGUUGCUAGUUUAAUAUGUAUUAGAAAAUGAAAAGCCAUUAUUAUUUAUUGUAGAUAUUUUACUAUACUAAUCGCAUCACAAUUAGUAAUUAUGUGGAAUCGUCUUGUAUAUUUAUUGAUAUUUUUUAUAUACAAAUCUGCAAUAAGGCCUAAGCGCUAUUAUAAAAUUGUGUCCGAUUUUUGUAGGACACUAAAUGAAUGAACCAUCUUACACUAAAAGUAAUAAAUUUAAAUUGUAUACUCUUAGGUUGAUAUGGUUCUUGAUUAGUAGUAGUUGUUGAAAGCAUAAUCAAUUUCCUGAGUGAAUCAACAAAAUUAUUUGUCUUUUAUGCUCUUGACUUGCCUAGAAGUUAAAACAUUUUGUUAAACAUCAUAUUUACAUGAUGAAAUUCGUUGAGAUUAAAUGAAGUCCAUAAAACAUUAAUGUAAAUAAUAAUUUCUAUUUUCAUUCAAGCCUCAAUAACAGACUGGUUCUUGAGCCUUGGAGUCUUAGGUCCCAGGCGCUUUUUUAACGCGCGUUGAAAAAGCUGUCGUGCGAAUGGGGGCUUAUUCUUAUAGAGACCAAGAAAAGUCUGUAGCGAUUUUGAUAGCCCACGCAGGCUAUCAAAAUCACUGCAGACUUCUCGGUCUGACUAGCAAAUAUGUGUGUCGAAUAAGUGAAAAAAAGUUUAUUUCUGUUACUCGUCGUUUGAGCCGCCUGUAUUGAUAAAAAAAUUACUAGGGUAAACAAACCAUUUAUUGAUACCGAAUGUUAGCACAUAAUUUUAGUAGUUUCGUGUACCGACGAUAGGUUUGUUUACCUUCAUGUUUAAAUUAAAAAUGUUCAUGGCUGUGGGUGUUUUAAAAGUACAGAGUUGUAAGUAUUAUGUUAAUAAGAGUCUGUCUAAGCUAACUUUGCAGCGACUUGAAGAGAACAAAGUGAGACAGUGUCAUUAUAAACGUCAUAUUCAUGCCAUGCAGAGUUAUCUUGGUAAACUCUAGCAGAUUAUCAUCUUUAACGCCAUAGUGUAUCAAGGAAGUCAUUAAACCUUUUGAACGCCACAGACGGCAAUUGACGUCAAUGCAAAAUCGUGUCAAUGACGCCAAAGACGGCAUUUGACGUCGAUCGUUUUUUGAUGAAAAUCUACUGAAAAACACCCCACUUUUAGGUUGGCAUUAUUUAUUCACAAAAUUAAAUUUUACCCCCGUGGCGUCAGUGGCACGGUAAAUGGAUGCGCCGUUUGGCGUUGAAAAGGUUAAAUUUCAAAAUUGCUAUAAAUUUAUUAAUGCAAUGUAAGUAUACUUUAUAAUUUACCAAUCCUUCUAAUCCUAAUUCCAUUUUUUACCCUGCAAUUUUAUCCAACAUAAGCAUUUUAAAUUUGAACUUGUGUAAAUAGUCAUAAUUUUUGUAAAUAAUGUAAAUUAUAUUAUAAGCAUUGUAGUUAGUGUUUUAACAUAGAUUAACCUAGCAAGACCCCACGUACUUGUAAAAGUACAAAUUCAAUCCAUCAGACUUAAAUUACAUCAGAGUAUUUCAAGUGCAGUUUUGCAUUCGGAACCUUAUUUUAUUCCAUUACAGUCUUUUUAAAAGGACGUCAGGACUUAGGAGGAUAGAUGCAGUAUUGUCACACCCACAUUGUGAUUAUUGAUUGUAUUGAUUUGUUAUUGCCAUAUAAUUGAAAUGUUGUUCCGCGUGGGCCGAGCGUCAGAGGUUAAUGACUGGAAUUAGACCCUCACUGACCCUCCUUGAACCCAUCUUCUUGUUAUAUAAAAUUGUACAACACACAUUUCGUCAUAUGACAACCAAAACACACAGCAAAAUAAAAAUAAACAAAUUUAACUUGUAAUUAGUGAGUUUUGGUUGGCACCUGACGAUUUGAUUUCCAUAGAGGCAUAGAUAGAUAUUAAUUCUGUGUUUAAAUAUCUUGUACUAUACAUCAAUUGUCACAACCAAGUACUGUGAGGUCCAAAAUUAGGAUAACAAACUUGUAAAUACGUGUAUAUCUGUUAUAUAGUGUAUAUUAGCUGUAUGAUAAGCCUGUAAAUAAUUUUAUCGUUGAACCAUUUUAAAUUAAAUAUUUUUACACAA